UUAGGCUACGAGCUGCGGUCUUGUUUUCAACUGCGCCAUUCCCGUUGACUGACAUCAUGGCGAGUACCGUGGCAAACAAGUGUUUAAGUCCUCUGGCUUUUCUCACCAGGAGGCUCUCUGCUCCGGAGUUCAUCACCCAGUGCUGCUACCACAAGAAGGUGGUGGAUCAUUAUGAGAACCCAAGAAAUGUGGGAUCCUUGGACAAACAGUCCAAGAAUGUUGGGACUGGCUUGGUAGGCGCUCCAGCCUGUGGAGAUGUAAUGAAGCUGCAGAUUGAGGUGGAUGACCAGGGGAAGAUUGUGGAUGCCAGGUUCAAAACAUUUGGCUGUGGCUCCGCUAUCGCCUCCAGCUCUUUGGCUACUGAGUGGGUGAAAGGCAAAUCUGUGGACGAAGCUCUGAUGAUAAAAAACACUGACAUUGCCAAAGAGCUCAGUCUUCCACCAGUCAAACUUCACUGCUCUAUGCUUGCAGAGGAUGCUAUCAAAGCUGCACUGGCUGACUAUCGUCUCAAGCAACAGGACGACCAGCAGGAGGCACUCAGGGCCGCUAAUUAACCAGAGCACUCUUAACUCUGAGCUGGGCACCACUGCUUGCUUCAUGCUGCCAAGAAGAGAAGUAAUAAUCCAGCAUCAACCCCUCACUUUCCUGCAGUAUUGAUGAGGCACACCUAAUAUGUUGUUGACAAACACACUGUCAACCCUCUGUAGCAGUGUUACACCAGGUUCUCUGUACUAGUCUGUGGUCCUCUAACCCCGUAUACUGUAUCAUUUAGCCUGUCAUGUAAACGCACAAUGUAAACACUGUUUGAGUGGUUGGUACAAAGUUGAGCCUUAUUUUUGAGAUUGUGUUAUAUUUUCAGAUUUAAUGCAUAAGAAGUGUUUAUUUUGAAUGGCGGGAUGGAGACAUUGAUUAAAGCUUUUGGCUUUAUCCUGUCUGCAUCCCGAAGAACUGACCUUUUUGAUAUGCAAUGAAGUGGCUUGAAACAAUGAAAGGGUCCACUGGUUUGAAGUGUAAUUUAUAAUUAUUUAGUAAUGCUUACUUGACAGUAUGAAAUAAAAGUAUCCAGAAUCAAA